GACCUAACUCUCUUCAAUUCCAUGAAGGCUGUGGAAGGUGAGGAAGCUGCAGAAGGAGAGUCUGAAGCUAGCAGAGACUGGGGCAUGAGGUUUCAGGAAGGAAGCCGUCUUCAUAACAUCAAAAUGCAAGAGGCAGCAGCAGGUGCCGAUGUAGAAGUGGCAGAAGGUUACCCAGAAGAUCUAGCUGAGGUCAUGAACGUGGCUGCCCUAAGUGGUGCAUUUUCAAAGGACAUGAAACAGCCUUAUGUUGGAAGAAGAUGCCAGUUAGGACUUUCAGAGCUAAACAGAAGUCAGUGCCUGGAUUCAAGUUUCCAAGGACAAGCUGACCUUCUUAUCGAAGCCAGUGCUCUUUUACCAUUCUGAAGAUUCUGGGACCCUUUAGAGUGAUGCUGAAUUGACUCUGCCUAUGUUCUGUGAAUGGAACAGUACAGCCUGGAUGACUGCACAUGUCUUUUUAUAACAUGGCUUACUGAAUAUUUUAAGCCCACUGUUGAGAUCUUAGGAAAGAGAAGAUGCUUCUUUCAAAAUAUUACUGCUCAUUGACAGGGCACCUGGUCACCCAGGAGCUCCUCUGAUGGAGGUGGACAACGAGGUGAGUGUUAUUUUCAUGCCUGCAAACACAGCAUCCAUUCUGCAGGAGUCAUUUCAACUUUAAGUCUUAUUAUUUCAGAAAUACAUUUCGUAAAGCUUGAGCUGCCAUAAAUAGUGACUUCUGUGAUGAGACCGGGC